AGAGCGCGUACGGCAGAAAAACUUAAAUGUUAUCUGCCUGUAUAUUCGAAGUGGCGUACUGUGCGCGCUCCGACGUGCACUAGUGAAAAUUAUUUAUUGUUUAGUGACAGACUAAAAUUACACAGUGAAAAUGGUUAAAUUAAAUAAUAGCAAUAGUAAAAAUAAAAAUGAAGAUGAGUGGAAAAAAAGUAAAGAGACUGCGCCUCCGCAAAAAAGUGUCCCAGGACUUGUUUCGCGUAUGUUGUAUGCGUGGAUGUUCCCUUUAUUCGUGAACGGGAACCGGAGAGACCUCGAGGAGUAUGAUUUAGUGCCAACUAAAAGUAUUUAUGACUCUAAGAUUACGGGUGAUGCUUUAGAAAAAAAUUGGCUUAUAGAAGAGGGAAUAGCAAAGGCAGCGGGAAGAGAACCUUCUCUGUCAAGAGUUUUGUUUAAAACCUUUUUUUGGUCAUAUAUUCCUGGUGGUAUUCUGCAAUUGAUUUACACAAGUUUAAGGACGGUCACACCACUCUUAUUCUCUGAGUUGUUAAGUUACUGGUCUGUGAACAACACUAUGACAACUGCAGUGGCUUCAUAUUAUGCUGCAGCUAUGAUAGUAGCUAAUUUACUUGCGGCUUUUUGUAAUCACCACGGAAACUACUACUGUCAACAAUUUGGAAUGAAACUUCGAGUAGCAGUCAGUACGCUUAUGUUCAGAAAGAUAAUGCGCAUGAACAAUGGGGCCCUGGGUGAAACAACAGCUGGAAAGGUUGUGAACAUAUUGUCAAACGAUCUCCAGAGAUUCGAUUUAGCAUUCUUGUUUCUGAACUACGUGUGGAUCAUACCAAUACAAUUGGUAGCUGUUUGUUAUUUGGGCUAUGUGCAGGCGGGAUACGCGGCCCUCAUCGGUAUCGCGGCGCUGAUGAUAUUAGCCCUUCCUGUCCAAGGGGGACUUGGUAGGCUCAUGGGUAAAGUACGUUUCCGUACUGCCGGUAAAACAGACGAGCGUAUCAAAGUUAUGAGUGAAGUUAUCAACGGUAUACAGGUUAUAAAAAUGUACGCAUGGGAGAUCCCCUUCCAGAAAAUGAUAGCACAAAAGCGUAUAGAAGAAAUGCGCGAAGUAAAAAAUGCUACGAUUCUCAGGUCAAUCUUCCUCAGUUUUAUGAUGUUCACCGAAAGAGCCGCGCUAUUCUUUGCAGUCCUCACGUAUAUUCUACUUGGAAAUCCACUCACUGCAAAUGUUAUUUACCCCUUGCAACAGUUCAUGUCAUCGGCCAACUUUAACAUAACAAUGGUACUGCCUAUGAUUUUAUCAUUUACGGCAGAGCUUUUAGUUUCCUUUAGAAGAGUACAAGACUUCAUGAUAUUGGAGGAUCGACCAGACUUAAGUUCGGGAUCUUUGGCGCCAAUAUCCAACAUAUUCCGCAAAGUGAACAGUAGUUUUAAACAACCAAAAUCCGUGGAGGUGCGGCCUAUUUCUUACAUGCCCAAGUCAGAAAUGCCAUUCACUAAUGGUUACGCCCCACACAGAAGGUUACGUAGAAGUAUUUCCCACCCAGGAGGAGACUCUAUUGUUGAAGUCCGCGAUGUAUCGGCCAGUUGGACUGGAGACCCCAACUUCUUGGCCCUUAAAAAUAUCUCGUUCAGAAUAAGAAAAGGGAAACUGUGUGCUAUUAUUGGAGCCGUUGGUUCUGGAAAAUCGUCUAUUUUGCAACUGCUACUAAAGGAAUUGCCGGCAGCCACUGGCACGGUUUCAGUGUUCGGGAAUAUAUCGUACGCUUGCCAAGAGGCGUGGUUGUUCCCGAGUACUGUGAGAGAAAAUAUUCUCUUCGGUUUGCCCUACGAGCCGGAAAAAUAUAAGAGGGUAUGCAGGAAGUGUGCUCUAGAGAAGGACUUCAAGCAGUUCCCGUUCGGCGACCAGACGCUGGUGGGCGAGCGCGGGGUGUCGCUCUCGGGGGGACAACGGGCCAGAAUCAAUUUGGCACGCGCCGUCUAUAGAGAAGCUGAUAUAUACUUGUUAGACGAUCCAUUAUCAGCGGUGGACGCAAAUGUUGGUAGACAAUUGUUCGAGGGAUGCAUCAAUGACUACCUGCAAGGGCGGACAAGGAUCUUGGUGACCCAUCAAGUUCACUUCCUUAAAGCUGCUGAUUACAUAAUCGUGCUGAAUGAGGGUGGGAUCGAGAAUAUGGGAACGUUCGAUGAGCUUGCAACCUCUGGAAAGGAGUUCGCUAUGAUGUUAACUAAUUUACAAGAAACUAAGACUGAUGAAUCCGCAACUGCAAAUAAAGGAGACGAAAACGAAAAGGUACUUCUAAGAAGCGUAUCCAGUAAUGACAGUGAGAUGGACUUACAAGAGUUCGAAGCGCAGAAGAUGCAAGCAGAAGAGAAGCAGUCGGGUAACUUGCGAUGGGAAGUGAUUAGCGCGUACUUUAGAGCCGGGGGGAGCAUCUGCUUUAUUCUCUUUACUAUGUCGCUCAUUAUGCUGGCCACUACUGUUGCUGCUGGUUUUGAUUAUUGGCUCAGUUUUUGGUCAAAUCAAAUGGCUAAUUACGAAGAAGAGAUGCAAGGAGAGGAAAUAGAUCCCGGUCUAAACGUGCAAGUGGGUCCGUUCACAACGGGCCAAUAUCUCAUAAUACAAGGCGGUAUAGUGAUAGCGUGUAUCUUCCUAGCGAACAUUCGAGUGAUUCCCUUCGCGGCGCUUUGCGCUAACGCUUCUAGAACACUCCACGAUUUCAUGUUCUCUACUAUGAUUAAGGGUGUUAUGCGCUUCUUUGACACCAGUUCUUCAGGUCGUAUUUUAAAUCGUUUCACAAAGGACAUGGGUGCGUUGGACGAAAUAUUGCCCCGUUCUCUACUCGACGUGUUGCAGAUUUACAGCACUUUGAUAUUCAUUCUGAUAUUAAACGCAGUAGCUUUGUACUGGACGUUAGUGCCUUCGGCUGUGUUGCUCGUUCUGUUCUUCAUAUUCGUGAAAUUAUAUUUGAAGACUGCGCAGGGUGUGAAACGUCUGGAAGCUAUUACAAAGAGUCCAGUAUUUUCAAUGGUGACGUCAUCUCUAAGUGGGAUUGCUACUAUACGGUCUUCUAAUGCCCAAAACAGACUUAUAGAUGAUUUUGAUAGGCACCAGGAUCUCCAUACAUCUGCCUGGAACUGUUAUUUGGCUGGAGGCUGCACGUUUGGAUUUUAUUUGGACGCCAUGUGCCAAAUAUACCUUACGGUUAUUAUUUUCGUCUUCCUGUAUCUUGAUUUUGGUGGUAUAAUAGCAGUGGGUAGCGUGGGUCUAGCGGUCACACAGAGUAACAUGUUGACGGCCAUGUUGCAACAUGGCGCCCGAAUGUUGGUGGAGUUCAUCGCACAACUCACCAGUGUGGAGAGAGUUUUGGAGUACACUCGGAUAGAUACUGAACCUAAUCUUUUUGAAGGACAAAGGGAUGUAUCUCCCACAUGGCCUUCAGAAGGCAGAGUUGUGUUCCAAAAUGUUAACUUGAAGUAUGCUCCCGACGAGCCACCGAUUUUGAAAAAUCUGAACAUUGUUAUUGAGAGUGGAUGGAAGGUCGGUAUUGUUGGAAGAACAGGUGCUGGAAAAUCUUCGCUCAUAUCCGCUCUCUUCAGGUUUGCGUACAUCGACGGAAUUAUUACCAUUGAUGAUAUCGACACCUCAUUGGUGGCACGACAGAAUCUUCGGUCGAAAAUUUCGAUAAUUCCUCAAGAACCAGUGCUGUUCUCAGCUACGAUCCGAUACAAUUUGGAUCCCUUCAAUAUUUAUAGUGAUAAUGAUAUAUGGAGAGCUCUUGAACAGGUGGACAUGAAAUCAAGUGUUCCAUCAUUAGACUUCAAGGUAACAGAAGGUGGAGCGAACUUCUCUGUGGGUCAGAGACAGCUCAUGUGUUUAGCGCGAGCUGUGCUCAGGUCUAACAAACUGCUCAUCAUGGAUGAGGCCACUGCUAAUGUUGAUCCUCAGACGGAUAACUUCAUCCAACAAACAAUUCGCAAGCAAUUCGCCUCUUGCACCGUGCUAACUAUUGCCCACCGUCUCAACACCAUCAUGGACUCCGACCGAGUGCUGGUGAUGAGCUCUGGUGAAGUGGCCGAAUUUGAUCACCCUUACAUCCUCCUAUCCAACCCUAACAGCCAUUUCACAAGCAUGGUGAAGGAAACCGGUGAUAAAAGCAGCGGAGCGUUGUUCGAAAUCGCUAAAGCGUCGUACUUCGAAAAAAAUCCAAACGAAAACGCAAGAUGAUUGUCGCUACACCUCACAGUGCAUUUACAUCAAAUGGAAUAAUUAUAGUUAGAGCAAGAACAUUCUAUCUUCUUUUAGUGUAAACGAAAUUAUUCAGAGUUGUUGAAGUAAUAAAUGAAUACUCUUUAUUCUACACUAGCUUUCCGCCUGCGGCUUCGCCCGCGUUUUCAAAGAAAAGCCCGCA